ACCCGGGACCUUAGGAUGACGAACCUUGUACUCUACCUGCUACGCCAAUUUGACUCAUCGAUAUGGCAGACAGAAAAUGUGCUACCCACAUUGGCAUUUGCGAGAAUAGGUUUGGGAGUACCAAUGGAAUGUUUGUCCAAAAAUCAAGGAUUAUUUUUUACAAUGCAAGCGGAGAAGAACGAUACUGCUAAAAAUGAGACUCCUAAUGACGAGACGACUUCGAUUGCGAACGAGAUAACAAAUGUGAAGCUGGAAGAUAGUUCAACAAGUUCAACUCCAAGUAGUCCUGGCACUGAAUCAAAUAGCAUUUUAACAAACUUUAAAUCGUUUUCCAAAUUCGGCGAUCCAAAGAGCGAUGGCAAACUGAUUACGUUAAGUCAAAGUGACAAAUGGAUGAAGCAAGCAAAGGUAAUCGAUGGAAAGAAAAUUACCACCACGGACACUGGAAUUCACUUCAAAAAGCACAAAUCCAUGAAACUUAGCCUUGAACAGUAUAAAAUGUUUCUUGAAGACUUGGCCAAAAGUAAAAAAACUGAAUUAGCGGAAAUAAAAAAGAAGAUGGCUAAUUGUGGACCACCUGGGGUUACCGGAGGCGUUGGCGGCGCUGGGAAAGCAGCAUCAACCGUUGACAGACUCACCGAUGUUAGCAAAUAUACUGGCUCUCACAAGCAACGUUUUGACGAGACAGGAAAAGGUAAAGGCAUAGCAGGUCGCAGGGAUGUAGCAGACACAUCCGGAUAUGUCCAGGGUUAUCAAAACAAAGAUACAUAUAAGGGCCAGUAGUAUUUAUCUGAAUACUCUAAUAAUAAAUAUCUUUAAGGUCAUGCUGUCUGGUGUUAAGAUCGUCUAAACGCAGUAUGCACAUUCGAAUCGUCACUGCUCGCUGUUAACGGUUGAAUUUCUCUUAUGUUAUCGACAAUUUCACUGAGAUUUUAAAUAUCAAUUUCGCAAGUUUUGUUACCUUCGAAAUAUAUUAAGAUAAUAAUAUUGUAAUUAAUAUAUUAAGACAACAAUAUUGUAACAUGCAGUAAUUGAUAACAAUUACUUUAGGCAAAAUAUUUUUAGGUUGGUGCAAAAGUUCUUGUCGAUAUAAAUAGAUGUCUGUAUACAUGUGUUACUAUGGUUUUAUAAAUAGAAAUGGUUAUGAUUCUUGUAAGUUGUCCCUACUUUAAUGUUUAUGCAUGACAAGCCAUAAAUGUCAAUAUUAUUCUAUAAUUAGUACGAUUAAAAAUGGAAUCAAACAAAGAG